GGGAGGAGCGGCCGCAGCAGCCCAAGUCCGGGGAAGCGCUCGGCGGACGCCGAUGGGCAUCGGGCGGCCGCGCUGGGUGCCGGCACCGGCACCGAGAGCCCGGCGCUGAGAGCGGGGCCCGAGGGCUCGGAAGGGGCUCGGACGGGGCUCGGGGGUCGUGGCGGGGCCCCCCGGGCCGGGGCGAUGCCCCGCUGCAGCCGCACGGACUGAGCCGGGGCUGGCCCGUGCAUGGCCCAGCCAUGGAGGUGGUGGACGAGACGGAAGCUCUGCAGCGCUUCUUUGAAGGCCACGACAUUAAUGGAGCUCUGGAACCAUCCAACAUCGACACCAGCAUCCUGGAAGAGUACAUCAGCAAGGAAGACUCUCCGGAGAUCUGCUUCCCUGAGAUCCCCGCUCCCACCAGCUACGCACACCCGCAGCCCUCCAGCUCCGCCGGCAUCCCCGCGCCUCCCGCCAGCUCCAUCGGCAGCGUGACCAACCCCUCUSCCAGUGCUCCCCUGCACCUCCCUCCCUCCAGCAGCCAGCUGCCCAUCCGCCACGGCCCUCUUCUGGCCAGUCCCUGUGCACCCUAUGGAGCUCACCUCAACUGCAACAACAACAAUGGCAUGGUGGUGCCCAAGGGCUUCCUGGGCGGCCACUGCCUGAACAACGUGGUGCCUCCAAUCAAAUCCGAGCCCAAGGCCUCCUACGCCCCUGGCACUUUGCCAGACUCUCCCCCAGAUUCUGGAUCAGAAGCCUACUCCCCUCAGCAGGUGAACGAUCCUCACCUCCUCCGGACCAUGACUCCUGAAAAUAUGUGCCACGUGACUCCCCCUUCCCGCUUGGAGCACCCUCCUCCUCCUCCUCCCCCUCCUCCUCCACCCCCUCACCUCCCAGGCCCCCCACCACCACCUCCACCACCUCCUCACCCCCUCCAGCCACAGCACAAUUCCCACUUUCCCGGYCUCCAGCGGGAUAUGUUCCUGAAGGCCGAGCCCCUGAUGCCUCCGUACGGCAUGGGGUCGGGAAUGGCCCCUGCCGAGCUCCACCACGCCCAGCAAUCCCAAAUGCUGCACCAGCUCCUGCAGCAGCACGGAGCAGACCUCCCGGUGCAUCCCGCCAAGAAACGGAAACACUCCGAGUCUCCCCCCAACACCCUCAAUGCUCAGAUGCUCAACGGGCUCAUCAAGCAGGAGCCGGGAAUGGGAUCGGUGCCGCUGGGCUCYGACCGUGUCCAGACCCCUCCCUGGCACCAGCCGGGUGCUCUGUCACCAGGUCUGAUUCAGGAUAACGACAGCCUGAAYGGCUCCUACCUGGAUCCCAACUUCCAGUCCAUCAAGUGGCAGCCACACCAGCAGAACAARUGGGCAACUCUGUACGAUGCCAACUACAAGGAGCUYCCCAUGCUCACGUACCGCGUGGAUGCCGACAAGGGCUUCAACUUCUCCGUGGGAGACGAUGCCUUUGUGUGCCAGAAGAAGAACCACUUCCAGGUGACGGUGUACAUCGGGAUGCUCGGCGAUCCCAAGUAUGUGAAGACCCCCGAGGGCCUGAAGCCCUUGGAAUGCUUCUACCUGAAGCUGCACGGAGUGAAGCUUGAGGCCUUGAACCAGUCCAUCAACAUUGAGCAGUCGCAGUCAGACCGCAGCAAACGGCCCUUCAACCCCGUCACGGUCAACCUGCCCCCGGAGCAGGUCACCAAGGUCACCGUGGGGCGGCUGCACUUCAGUGAGACCACAGCCAACAACAUGAGGAAAAAAGGCAAACCCAACCCAGACCAGAGGUACUUCAUGCUGGUGGUGGCCCUGCAGGCACACGCCCAGAACCAGAACUACACGCUGGCAGCCCACAUUUCUGAGCGCAUCAUCGUCCGGGCCUCCAACCCGGGGCAGUUUGAGAGUGACAGCGAUGUGCUGUGGCAGCGGGCACAGCUCCCGGACACCGUGUUCCACCACGGCCGCGUGGGCAUCAACACCGACCGCCCCGAUGAAGCUCUGGUGGUCCAUGGCAAYGUCAAGGUCAUGGGCUCCCUGAUGCACCCUUCGGAUGCCCGAGUGAAGGAGGACAUCCAGGAGGUGGACACCACAGAGCAGCUGAAGCGGAUCUCCAGGAUGCGACUGGUGCACUACAACUACAAACCCGAGUUUGCAGCUACAGUGGGCAUUGACAGCNNNNUCCACGCAGGUGUCAUUGCUCAGGAAGUCAAGGAGAUCCUCCCAGAAGCUGUGAAGGACACUGGGGACUUGGUCUUUUCCAAUGGGAAAACCCUGGAGAACUUCCUGGUGGUGAACAAGGAGCGCAUCUUCAUGGAGAACGUGGGGGCAGUGAAGGAGCUGUGCAAGCUGACAGACAACCUGGAGACACGCAUCGACGAGCUGGAAAGGUGGAGCCACAAGCUGGCCAAGCUCAAGAGACUGGACAGCAUGAAGUCAACCGUGAGCUCCGGAGCCUUCAGCCAAACUGGGAGCCAGUUCAGCCGGGCGGGAAGUGUGCCCCAYAAAAAGAGACCCCACAAAGUCACCAGCAAGUCUCCAUCAGUUGUUCCGGAGCAGGCCUGCAUCAGCCAGCGCUUCCUUCAGGGCACCAUCAUUGCCCUGGUCAUCAUCAUGGCAUUCAGCGUGGUGUCCAUGUCCACGCUCUACGUGCUGAGCCUGCGCAGCGAGGAGGAUCUUGUGGACAUCGAUGGGUCAAGCCAGAACAUCGACAAGACGCAGACAGUGCGAUCCACGGCCACAUCCAGUGGAGCUGGGGGCAGGACCCCGCCGGAGCACGUCCCAGAAGAUACACAUGGAGUAGCCCUCGGCAUUCCCAGUCGCAGUGUGCUGGCCUGUUUCAGYCCUCCCUGUUUCUCCACCUGCUGCUCCACUGUUCCCACUGAUGUCUCCACCGUUGUCCCCUYGGAGAGCAGCCCUGCCCACGCCACCAACCGGACAGAUGAGGGCCAGCCCAGAUUCCCAGAAAUGCCAGGACAUCUCCAAGACCAAAGCCAGCCCUCCCUUCUGCCGGUGACAAAUAUCAAAGCCAAAUCCAGGGGCAUCACUGGGAAAUCCAGCUCCUACACCAAGUGGCCAAAGACUCCUGACAGCAGCUCCCGGCAGCAGCGCAGCCUCCGGCAGCCGGUGAGCGAGCGGCCCCGCGUGGAGCCUGGCACGGAUGGGCCAAGCCCGGUGCUGCAAUCCAUCCGGAUCCUGGAGAUCAACCUGGCCAUCCAUUCCCAGUACUGUGCUGCUGCCGACGCCUGCAGGAGUGGGAAUUUCAGCUACCGCAUCCCCGUGAGCCAGCAGACAGCCGUGAACACCAACCUGACCCUGGAGAUGAACUCCUCCUCUGCUGUGUCCAUCUCCCUCUGUGGCCUCAUCUCCAGUGAUCCCUGCCAGGAUGCUGUGAGCAGGAACAGCUCCACCRACUCCACGGAUGCACAGGACAUCACMCACCACUGGCCUCUGGUGAUGCUGUCUUUCCGGGAGUUUUCCUACCACUUCCGAGUGGCGCAGCCGGGCCGAGCCGACUGCAGCACUUCCCCGGAGCAGCUGGGACACCUCUUCACUGACUAUUACUUCCAGUUCUAYUGGCUCUGUGAGUGAGUUCCAGCAGCACCAGUGCCCUCUGCUUGGAGUCGGGAGGGGGACUGGUGCCACUGGGAGCCUCCCGAAUUCCCUGCUCCGCUGGGUCCCAGCCCCACCUCAUCCCCGUGUCCUGCGGUGACUCUGGAGCAGGAGUGGUGCUGGCUGGAGACCCUGAAGCUCAGCACACACAGGACCUGAAAGCCACCAGCAGCCCUGUGGUGGCUCCUGGGGGGACCUCACACCGAUUCCCAGCAUCCCACAUCCUUCUCCUUCCCUUCUGGGGAUGUUUGUGUCCACUUUUCCCUCCCCUUCCAACACUGGAUUUGGAAGCAGCACACUGGACUGAGUGUGGAAGGCUCUGCCACAUCCCAGAGGGAUGCUUCUUCCGUGGACAGGAGCCCCAUCCCAGUGCUCCCAUGUGUCCCACAUCAGUUCUUCACAACACUGGAAUUUUUUCAACACUGGAGCCCUUUCCAAGAGCCAGACAUUGGAGUUUGGCCUGGAAAGGAAGGCUGUGCCUGGACCUACUGGAAGUCAUACACUGGAGUUGCUGUUCCUUCUGCUUGGCCCAGGGCCACUUCCCACAGACUUCCCAGAGACUCCCAGACCUAUCAGUGGACACAUUCCUUUGGGAACAACCAGAGAAAAGAGCAGCUUCGACGUCAUUCCCCCUCCUCUUUGUGCUCUUAAAUCCCCUCCCCAUGUGGGAUAUCCAGGUCUGGAUGGGUAAAACCCCCACUCGAGCUGCUGCCAAGGCCAUGCCACAGCUGGGGACACUUAUCCCCAAGCCAGAGGUGACAAAUGACCGGGACUGUCCUGCAUUCAGUGUGGUGGGAUCCAUUUUUAUCCACUUGGAGUGGUGUGUGCGGAGCUGCCUGGUUGGCUCUGGAGCCAGUGCCAACCUCUGGCCAGAUGUGCAGCACUGGCAAAGCCUGGAGCGCCCUGCRAAGCAAGGCUGAGUCCCUGGGAACACCAGGAUCUGUGUCCAGGCUGCAUCUCUGCCUCAGGAGAGGGUGCUGUUCUCCCAGAAAGAGGGAUGGCAGCAGCUGCAGGCUGUCCCUGCCCUCASAGAGAGUUGUGCUGGGGGAAUUUGGGAUAUUUUACUGUUACAAGUCUUUAACUUGGUAUACUACUGAAUUCUUGUGGGGUUUAAGCWGUAAAAAAAAUGGGAAUUUCCUUCUAGCCCCAUUGAGUCACRUGUGUCCCGUGGGAAUGCCAAGUGGCUUCCUGUGCUUCCUCCUCCCCAUCCUGCUCUGGCCCCUUGUGCUACAUCCUGGAGGCUCAACCACCUCCAGGUUAUUCCAAGAUGGAUUUCCCCGAGGAAACGGCGAGAUGGGGGCAGGCCACAUGGGGAGUAGUUUUAGAAAAAUAAAGAUGGGUUUCAUCCAAGUAAAAUGAUGGUUCCUGGGCACAUCUCCCAUCAUCCCCCUMCUGAGCUUAUCCCAGCAAAGCAGCCCUAAAAUUCCUGGUGAUGUCACUUGGAUUUGGCAUCUGCCUCCAAAAACUGUUUGUAGGGAGGUUUCAAGGCCUAGCAGGAGCCUAAAAUCCACUGAAUCCUGAGAAGCAGGGAAUAGUGGGCAAGCAGGGAAUUCUGACCAGCCAAGCAGUCAGAAAACCCAGUUUUGGGAAGCUCAGUGGGACAACAGGAUGCCUUAAGUCUUGGGAAUACCUGUGCAGGCAGGUGGGGUCUGUACUCAGCAGGAUUCUCUGUUUCUCUCUGAAAUUGGGAAGGAAACACUUGGUUGUAGCUCAGCACUCUUCCCUKAGUGUGUUUCCUGGUUUUAAACUGAGAAGUGACUUCCUUGGCAGGUAGGUGUGUUGUCCCCUUGGCAAUCAGUGGCCCAGGCUGGCACAUCCUUCCUCAGAUUAGUGAUGCCAAGCUGGAAUAAAAGUGCAACAGGGAAUGUUGGGGGGCCAGAGCCUGCAAUCACCCCMCCUCACCCAGCMAAGACCCCCCAGUACAUCCCAGCUCACUCCUGAGGAAAGGAAUCAAUCAGUGGUGGCCCAGGAGGAGUUGGGAUCUCUCASGUGUCCCAAUGACACUCAGUAUUUAGGGAGAUUCCCAACAAACCAAGUGCCUGAGGRUUUGGAAACAUCUCUAGUGCCUUUUUCCUUAUGGAACAGCCCAAAGAACAGUAUUUUMCCACAUAUAUUCCCAAAUGCUGCCUCAGAAACAGUGCCCUGGGUGAUUUAACUGGGAUGUGGCAAUUUCUGGAGUGCCAAAGCCAGCCCUGCCCACACAGAGCUGGCAGCAAUCCGUGGGAUCAGGAGAAGACAGGGAUUCAGGAUGAAGUUUUUUGUGUCAAUAGUACCUUAUGUCUUAAAGUGGCACAGGUUGCCCAGAAAAGUUUUGGAUGUUCCAUCCUUGGAAGUGUUCCAGGCCAGGUUGGRUGGGUUUGAAGCUGUCUGGACCAAUGGAAGGGAGUGGGACUGGAUGGGUUUUAAGGUUCCUUCCCACCCAAACCAUUCCAGGAUUCCAUAAUAAAAAUCAUCCAUCAGCUCUGCCCAGCAAGGCAGCAACGAGCUCCAGAGGGGUUCAGAAUUAUAACAUGGAGUCAUGGAAUUGCUUCCAGGCCCGUGGAAACAGCUGUUUGCAUGGAUUCCCCGCCUCCAAACGCAUCUCUGCCCCUUCCCUGUCCCCAAUCAGUACCAAGAGAGUUCACAAUCAGGCCUUUCCCUGCGUGGGAUGGAGGGAAUCCUGAGCCAACCUCUCCAGCUCAGGAAAUCCCUCCCUGUGCAGCCGCAAAGAGACAUUCCUGGCAGGACGACAAAAGGGUGGAAACGAGCCUCUUUGGGAGUUGUUUCAAAAGCAAAUUCCCAACUCUUCUGUCCUACUGAUGGAGCUUAAAGCCUGUAAAUAGAGACUAUGGCACCACUGGAAGAAUUAAGGAAAAAACCACCACGUAAAGCACUAAUUUUGUUGGUUUUAAAUGUUGCUGCCACAGCUUUAAUCACUGUAUUUUGCCAGCCAGUUUGUAGAGUUGCAUUUGUAGCAGGUUAUUAUYGAUUCCUGGUUUUUAUUUGUGGGGAACAAGUGUGGUUUCCCUCUUUUCUUCCUGAUUUAUAUUUAUAUUUUGCUGAAUUUGAGGGCUGAGUCUUCAGAUUCCCCAGAUUUGUUUCGUUUUGUUUUGUUUGGCUUAUUUAGACUUUGUUUUAUGCUGGAGGUAAAUGUGCCCAUAUGAAUAAAAUAUAUAAAUACUGCUUUGUAUCCAAGGAUGGSUCCUGGUGU